AGUAGCUCCCAGGCAGUGACUCCGCGCGUGACGACACACGUAACCAUCAUCGGUCGGCCGUUUUCGCGCGGUGUUAUGUCAUCGGUGACAAUCGCAGGACGCGGAACCCCCGAAACCACUGGCCCCGGACAGCGCUGAUCGUGGAUCCGCCGUGCUACCCCGCGAAGAUCUCGGUCCGCUCGCGAGCUGUCCAAGUCUCCGUCGCCCCGACGACGCGUUUCCCUUCUUCGCCCGUCCUCCGCCGGUUGUCGCGCGUUCUCGAGAGUACCGUUCGCUCGCCGGGGAAGACGAGCUCUCGGGCCGACCUCGAUGGGUCGGAGGUGCUCAGCGCGGCGGCCGGCAGCCGAGAGGAGCUCCGAGUCGACGCCGCCGAGUCGAGCUCGUCGUUGCUCCGAAUCGACGCCCCGAUGAAGAUCGACGCCCGUGUGUCCCCGUUCGCGGCCUGUCACGGUUCGAUAGCCGGAUGAACGCCGGCGACCUCGGCGUAAGCGACGGCGGUGCGCGAUCGUGCCUGGGAUCGAAUGUCGACGAACCCGUCGCGGCGCGACGUCCGGCCAUCGACGGGACGAUAAGACGACGGAGGGCGGAGGUCGAGCCGGUGGUCCUGGAUCACGCGGAAGCGCGACAAUGGCGAUGCGAUGGCCUUGAGAUCGAUCGCACGGGACCGGGCUCGGUGAAUGGCCGGGGUGUGUGUGUAUGCGACUUCCCGGCUCCAACUCGAAUUCGCGCGACCGUCCCGUCUCCGCUACCGGGUGUCGCGAGCGCAGCUCUACGAUGCGCGGAGCGGUGGUGGCCACCGGCAGUACGCGUCGCGAUCACCGAGCCGAGGAGCAGCCUCCGCGGCACGUACGCGAGUACAGCGAGCAUGUGAACGGGACUAAGGGGUCACGCAUUUAAGAUUCGACUGUGCGCGGGGGGAGAGCGAGUAUAAUAUAUAUCGCGAGAGAGAGAGAGAGAGAGAGCGUGGUGAGGCAGCCAAGUGCGCGACAUCGAUCGUUUCGCGAAUCGCGAUCGGGGGACCGGAAACGGUCUCGUCGAUGGACGAGUGACAGAGUAACCACCGUGCGUUGAAUGGAGUGAUGAGCGGGGCCCCUGCGCGGGGCACAGUGCCCCGUCGUCAAAGACGCCACCACCGUCAUCACCAUCAUCAUCAUCAUCAUCAGCCGAAACAUCAGAAGCAGGCAGCGGAAGAGGAGACGCCGCGGGACGCGGACGGCGGCGAGCCGGAGGGGAAGCGGCCGAAGGUCAACCCGAUCUUCCUGUGGGCGUCGCAGCGCGAGCAGAGGAUCGUCGAGGUGCGAUGCGAGGACUACGACAAGCGUAAUCGCAUCAAGCUGACCAAGACCGCGCAGGGAUGGCGCUCGAUACCGCGGACGACGUCCAACGUGUACUCGAUCGCCUUGGCCACCGCCGCCGGCGCCGCCUGCAAGACGAGGUCGCCGGUGGACUCGCCGGCUUCCUCGGUCUCGUCGAACGACGAGAAGGAGAACGGCAAGUGCGUCGGCCAGGAGACCGCGGCGAACUCCCAUCAGCGUUUGCCGGCUCGAGUGACCGGCGUCGAAGGCAAGAAGAGGCGGUACGAGGACGCGAAGACCGACGAGAACCGGCGAGGGUAUCCCCUCGGAGUCCGCGACGACUCCAACCGGAACGCCGUUCAGGGCUGCUCCGAGGACGGGGGUAAGGACGGCGAUGAAGAGAAGCGAGACGCGGAGGCGGGCUGCGAACGGAAUAUACUCGAGGACUGUCUGUUGAACAGCACGAGCCAGCACAGGCCGAUGGACGGCGGCUGGGUCAACCUGGAGAGGCUGCAGAAGGACAAGCUGUUCCAGCCGCGCGUGGUGCUGGAGCAGUUGCAUCUGUCGCGGCUUCUCGAGGGCGCGCACCAAGGCGUCGUUUGCCCGGCGAGAGAGAGGAAGGACGGCGCGACGAGCGAGACGGAGCGGACGGGAAGAAAGGACGAUGAGGAGGAUGCGACCGACGAGGCGGAGGAGGAGGCGGCGGCGGAUGAGAAAGACGGUGAGAAACGUCGACGGGUGAACAAGGCGGGCAUUCAGGACAUACUGAACAUGAUAGACGCCACGGCAUCGCCCGUCCUGGCCGCCGACACUCCCAGCGCCGACCUGCCGGUGGACUCCACCAAGACCUACGAAGAGGUGCUCGACGAAGGUGCGCGCAAGAGGCGGUGCGUCGAUAAGAGAGCCAGGGAGACGAAGCAGCCGGUCGAUAAUGCGAGGGAUCGGCCGAGAUCGAGUUACCAAGUCGAGGCUGUCCGGGACGACGACGGUGCCGACGACGUCGACGAGAAGCCAGAGGUGAACGAGGAGAAGAUGCUCGAGGACUACACCUUGGACGUGGAGGAGAAGAAGAUCUGCGUGGACGAUGAGAUCUUGCUCUCGCUCAAGAACAAUCCCGAGACGGUGAUACGAUCCUGCAAGGUCGCCGAAGCCGACGGUGGCCUGGUGAAUUCUCGGUCCAACUCGCUCGUCACGUGGCACAGCGUGCCGAGCGAGAUGUUGCCGUCUGAGACCGAAGAGGAGGCGCCGGACGAGCCCGGAGAGCCGUUGAAGAUCGAUUACAACGACAGCUCGAGGCUCCUCGACGCCCUGAGGAACACGCCGGGGCUGUCGGUGUCCGUGAUGAGGAGCGCCCCCGAAACCGGGAGCAACAAGAUCGCACCGCCCGCGAGGCCGGCCUCGAAGGCGUCCUCGUCGAGCAGGUCGCCGGAUUCGCAGGCGGAAUGCGUGGAGAAGCUGCUGAAGAACGUCGAUUCGCGGCCGAGCACCGGCUUCCUGGACAAUACCGGAUGCACGAUCUCGCCUCGCAAUCUCCCGGGUCUGUCCAUCAUCAUACCGAAUUACCGUUACCGGAGCGCCGCCGGUCAGCUGAGUGCGACCUCGCCGUGCACGAAGCGCCGCGUGGAGUCGCCCGAGAGCACGGUGAGCUUCAACAAGACCGAGUCGAAUGAGGUCAAGCUCGACGUCUUUCCGCACGAGGAGGAGGACGAGGAGGAGGAAGAGGGAGCGGAGGACGAGGACGACUGUGACUCGCAGGUGUUGGAGGACCUCAGGAGGCAGAAAGCCGACUCGCUGGUGUACGACGGCGUGGACACGGACUACUACAACGGCAAGAGCAACACGGCAGAGCGGAAGACCCCGUUGGAGAACGCGAAGGGCGACCAAGUCUGGACAGGCUCCAAUCGGAGCAGCGAGGCCCAGGCCAAGUGUAAAUACCAGGACCUGGAGCACUUCGACGAGCAGGUGCUGGAGGAGCUGCGCUCUCGCGGCACCGUCGUGUCCCCGCAGCCCAGCGGGAUACCGUGCUCGCCGGCCUCCAGGAGGCCGUCCUCCGCGUACCUCGAGAGACUACUCCCGAGCCCACCGUGCUCGGUGUCCUGUUCGGAGGACGCCAAAAGCGAGUUGACGCUGAAGGGCAUCCUGGCCUCCUCCAACUGCGCGGAGUCGCGGGACUGCGAGAGGUCCAAGGAGACGACUCGAGCCGAGAAUCAGGCCGUGGAGCUCGGCCUCUGUCGAGUCGUGCACUCGAGUGCCGACAGGAACGUGGCCGCCGCUAGAAGAGCCAAUCGGAGCUUCCAGGAGCGCCCGGGCGCCCACAAUCAAGAAGCGCGAAACCCCGGCAGGCCGAUGUCCAGCGGAGACAUUCACAGCAGCUUCUACACGGCGGAUCGCGCCGCGCCGAAGAGGCCGAUGUCCGCGGAAUGGUCGACCGGCCGACACAGGAGUCAGACCAACUAUUACCAGAGAAUCGCCGGUAAGACCGCGAGGAGUCAGUUCGCCGAGCACCUCCGGGACGCCUGCGCCACAUCGAGCAGCACGGACAGGCUCUCGGACCCGGCUAGCCAGCUGCGCGAGCUGAUCGAGACCGCCGGUCAUCUGAUCCCCGACCCUCUGCUGGUGCCGCGAGAUUACCUGCCGGGUCUGGCCGCAGCACCGGCUACGGAGAUACCGAAGUUGCUGGCCACCAGACCCGAGCUGAGGCUACCCGAGGCGCUCACCAGACCCGACCUCCUCCGCGACCCCGACCUGCUCGUGAUAUCGUUGGCGCAUCUGCAACACGUUCUGGACCACGGCGAGGGACCGGUGUCCAGGUCACGACAGCCGCAACCGGCCAGAGUCAACAACGGCAGAGGAUCCGGUCAUAGCAACGGUGCCGGCAUCGUGAGAGGCCCCACCGCCGGCAGGCCAAAGCUAAGCUGCAAGCCGAUCGGCACGCUGAUGCCGGCGCCGAUGGACCUGUCGAGCAGCAGAGCGCGCGUCACCCCCUACCCGCCUCUCCUCAGGGUGCGCACCGGACUGCUCAAGCAGGAACCGGAAGUGAGCUCCACCGCGAGCUCGCCGGACGAGUCGCAGUUGUGGCACCCGUUGUUCGGCAGAUCCCGAGACGAAAAUAGAAACUGCAAAGCACGCACGGGCCGCGCAAAUUUAAGCUUCGUAAAAUCCAAGGAUGGGGGAAAGGGGGUCUUCACCUGGUUUCAAUCCCGCCAGAAGAGGCAGCAGCAACAGCAGUCGCAGCAGCAUCACCCGCUGCCGCAGCAACAGCAGCAUCAGCAGCAGCGGCAGCACGUCUCCUGGCACAGGACCACUCUCGCCUCCUGACCACUGUGACCUUGACCCCGACCACGAGUCCAGCGAUCCUGGCGCACGGAGAAAGGAGCCGCGUCGGACGAGGAACGCCGCGACGCCACUUCUUGCACGGUUUCGGCCAGUCGAGGCCGUACGGCGAGAAGCGCGGGCGAAGGAACGCCGGUGAAGACCGUCGCGGAAUGACCCUCGCAGGAGUGCAUCCUUCCUCGCAGAUGGUGCAGCCGAACUCGACGCUCGACUCCAUCUCUCGUUCGGACUCGUUCUCUCCUUCGACCCGCCGUUAUUCGCGCUCGAAAUUGUCUCGUGAAAAGAAAGGGGGAAGUUGUAACGUGAGGUAACAACGAAAGUAGAGAAGUUAUAUGUACACACUUCAUUCUUUCUUAAUAUAUCCAUAAUUAUUCGAGGAAAGUAGCCGAGAGACGAAAUAUAUAUUAAUACGAGCAAGACUAACGGCGUGUCGAAGCGAACGUCGCGUUGGCAGAAAGGAAGAGGCGUACCUCGACAGACUUGACGGACGUUCGUGAAUUACGUAAGAGUACGCGAGAACCAUGUGAUAAAAAUCGUACGCGGAUGAUUUAAUACCGGUGACCGAUUAAGUAGAGUAGAUUAGCGAUGUAUUGUGACGGAAGGGGAACUCUCUGUCCCCCGUGAACUCCUCUCAACGCGAGCCCGAAGAUAUAUUUUUCUGUUAAACCUCUUCUUGUACCGUAUCCUCGUAUCUAGAGACGUCGUAGAGCCGGUCAGCGAUCGCUGUCGGGAAAAAUUUACACGCGAAAUAAGAGAACCCGAGAGAAAGAAGGAAAGAAAGAAAUACGGCAAGUAAUUGCGAAGAGUUGUGCAACUUCGUGCGCGUAAUACGUACGUACGUGCGCACGCAGAUCGGGACUUCGAUACAUGAUUUAUCCGUCGCGACAGACGCGAUUAGACGUCGGAAAGAAGAGCGCGUAUCUGUGCAGUGCCGCGAGACGUUUUGUAAAACUACGGCACUGCCCGCUUCUGCAAUGUUAAUUCCGCGAAGCUUUCUCUCUUUGAUCGUCCUACCCAUCGUAGAACCCUCGACGUUAAGUGCAAUAACACGCGAACGCCGUGAUGAGGCUUCAGUGUACAGGCGUCACGUGCGCGUUUCGUACGCGUUAUCUGUUUUCGAUAAUAAAUCAAGGAUCGCGUCUGCCAACUCCCCGGGAAAGAAGUUUACACAUAAUUGUAUAAAAUUAUAUAUAAUUAUAUAUAUAUAUGUAAUUUUUUUAUAUAUGAAUUUGGUCUCUAUGGUUAAAUCCAUGAUUAUAUAUGUCCACACAAAAUAAAAAUAUUAUUGAAUGGAAAACGAAAAAAAAAACAGUUUAAUUCAAUUAAGCGUUUGCAUCGUGAGCAGCCGUAAAUAUAAAUAUUUACUUGCAAUUUUUUUAGAUUAUGGGACAUAUAUAAUAUAUAUAUAUAUAACGCAUAAUAUUAUAUAUGAUUAUAUAUAGGCAUAUAGAGAUAAAAUUCAUAUAUAUAAUCAUUUUCCCCGGGUCGUUUGUUACGAAUUAUUCAGGUGCGAGCGAGCGAAUGGGCGAGCGAAUAAACGAGCGAAGGGAAAGGCAAACCCGCGUUUCUCUCUGUGCGGUGUAUACGUUUUAGAAUUCGAUGCGACUCAACGGAGUUUUUUGCACGGUGAUAACCGUGGCCACUGGAAGUGCAACGUCGCAUCUGAAUUUGCGUUUAACUGUUUCGUCAUAUCGUAAGACGGCACGUGAUUUCUUUGGUUCGUUGUGUUGUUAGUUACGUUAUAGUUUGUACAGUUUAUUGAGGAAUUAUUGAUUACUCAUAUGUGAUACACGCUCGUGUAAUAUAUAUAUGUAUAUGUACACACACAUAUAUAUAUAUACAUAUAUAUAUAUAUAUAUAUCGAUUCUCGUACGCGGCGUCGUCACGGCGAUCGUAACUAGUCUCCUGAUCCGAGCGAGGUAGAAAUUAGCGCGCGUCACGAUCAAAUAUUUAUAUCCUGUGACACACGAACCGAGUUUGCACCGGACGGUAUGCGAUCAUCCACCGGCAUUCGCGCGAUUAACGAUUUAUAUAUCUGAAAGGUCACCAGGCGCCUUCUUUUUCUCUAUGUAUGGUUGCAAGGUCACCUUCGUUCAAAAAAUUGUUAUGUCCGCUGAACAAGUUAUUGGCGCAACAAUAUGUUGCGUCGAUACAGUUGCUGUACAAAUCGCAAUCGUUGAAUCAACUAAUAACUCAUUAUAAAAAUUAUAUAAUUUGUCCAACGGACUAAACGUUGCGUUUGUAAAAAUUGUGCUAAUCUAAGCAAAAUUUCGUUGAUUCAACUACUUUUUUCCUCAAUGUAGUAGUAAGAUAGCGCCCGGACGCCGUUAACCGGUAUCUGUCUGAAUAAAUAAACGCUAAUGUCCGAUUUUAUGGUGUGAAAACUGGAAAAAAAUGCGUACUGCCGAGACAGUACGCUGAAAAAAGAGUUUGGUAACGAUUACCGAACAUUUAGUGAAAUAGAUUCAACUAGAUGAUCUGGUUACAGCAACCACGUCAUUUAGUUGCUGUUAGACUUAUUAGACUCUUUUUUUUCAGUGCACGACUUCGCCAGAUAUAAUAAGUAUGCCAAAUAUAUAAAUAGUUCAACAACGAAUUCAGGUUACGGGGGCAUGCGCGCGGACCGCCGAACAAAGACUAACGCGGGCCGAUACCUUGAUUUCUCCAACGAUUAUUCGCGGCGCGCGCGAGCGAACUCUCUCGCGAAAACAUCUCGGCAAAUGUCUUCUCCGACGGGAACCCGUCGAUUGAUCUCGAAAUUGCGUUCAAAAAUUUCUUCGCGACGACGCGUUUGUGAAAAAGUCCCACGUCCUUAUUCUAUAACACACACACACACACACACACACAUAACGUAUGCGUUGCAAGUAUAACACAUAUGUUACAAAUCUUUGAGCGGACAAAAUGUAUCGCAAAAUAGCUGGGCAACGAUGUGCGUUAACGGUAACGAAAUUUUCAUCACGAAUUAUAGAAUAAGGGGGUCCGUUGUUUUCCGGUCGACAUUUGCUCGGACAUUCGACCGAACAUCGAACGUCGUUGUAACAUUAUGCGCGAUAGCGCGACGAAAUUUACGAUUCUAUGAGGCAAUUAUACAGAGUCGCGCAAAUACGGCCGGCCGAAAUUAUUCCGCGAUGCGAUAACUCCUUUAGGACUUUCUAUGUACUCGCAUGUUGUUUGCACAAAAGUGUUUUCUCCCAUUUCGUAUCGCUUUUUUCGUAUCACGCUCAAGCGAUAAUGAACGCUAAUUAGGCCAUGGUUAUUUUUAAUCCGGCUUUUUUUUCAGCUGAAAUAUCGCCGCUAAAGCGGCCGAUCGCGACUAUCCGUUUCGCUUAUCAUUUCGCGCGCCGACUAUUUCCGUCCGAAAGCACCGGAAAACCUCAGAGACAUAAUAACGUAUCCGAGAGACGCCAUUUCGAAUAUAGUCACGCUCUGACGUUUCACCGCGAAUGACCGCCGACCGGCAUUAUUGCGUAAACGCGUGCGGGCCUUAUCUAAUCCCGCCGGUCGCUUUGCGAAAUAAAAUUCGUCGGCGGCAGGAAACGACGCGGGACUUUGAGGAGUCGCUGCGCGUGUUACGGUGCAAACUCGGCGGCCGUAGCGAAACAGGACUAGCGCACGAAUCCUUUGCGAUCCUACGACGAGUGCGCCCCGCCUUUCGCGGAAAUUGUCAAAAUGGUUUUUAACAAACCGCCGAACAAACGUACAUGCAUAAACGUACGUAAACAAAAUCUCGUCGUUUACUCUUCGCUUGGAGAGCGCUGUGUAUAUUUCUCUCUGUGUUAUAUCAAAAUGUACAUACGGGAAGGCAAAGGAUUGAAACGCGCGGAGGAGGAGGGAGGAUAAGAUAGCGGAACGAAAGAAGAAAAAAAAAACGGAAGAGCGCAUGGGCGAAGAAAAAAAUCACUUUGCUGGCACAGUAAAUUUUGUUAGUUACUACGGGGACAACAACACUGUAAAUCCUUGAGCUGAAGCCUUUCUUACACAUUUCUCACGCAUGUCUUGCCGUUUUAAAUCACGUCACUUAACACAGUUGGGCGUAACUUAACACGCCGUAAUUUAACGUGUUAAUUCAACACGAUUAAACGUUUCAAGUGACGCAAGUUAAAUCGGCAAAAAAUAUAUAAAAAUAGCUUCAGUCAAAUGUAUCAUAUUUAGACGUUUAUACGUGUAAAAAUGACACAUUUGGAUUUACAGUGAAGAAGAUUUGUUACACGGGGAAGAUAAUUUUGCUGUUGGAGGAAAGCCGUUGUUGUGACAGCAAUAAAAUUUAGCCAGCACAACCAAAUUAUUCUGUCUAUAUAUCCAGCAAAUAACAAUUAGUACUCUCAACAAAUCUUUUUGCUGUCCGAACAAAUCUUUUUUACCGUCUCUAUAAGUAACUACACUGCAAAUCCAAGUAUGCUAUUUUAGCUGAGGUUUUUCUUACACAUUUCUUGCCGUUUUAAAUCACGUCAUUCAACACGAUUGGACGACACAAUAUAAUUUAGCAUGAUUGAACGUUUUAAAUGACGUAACCCGAAACGGCAAGAAACAAGUAAAAUGAACUUCAAUCAAAUGUGUCAUUUUUAAUACAUUUAUACAUGUAAAAAUAACACACAUGGAUUAGCAGUGUAACAAUUUGCUGUGCCAACAGGAUCUUUUUCUCUGUGCAGCUUCGCGUGACAAGAAUGGGUGCUAUUCGAUAGUUAACAAAAAGUGAACGGGAGACGAAGGGUGAGGAAGAGAACCACGAUAAAAACGUGUAGAUAGUCCGUUUAGGUAGAGAAAAGGCGUUUUUUUGUAUGGUGCACAUAUGCGCGCGAGAGGACGAUGCGCACGACGUUAGCACGCGUAUUACACACGAGAGAGAUGACGAUACCGAUUCGAGUUUUAUCGGAGCGAAAUCCGACGCUCAGCCGCUCCAAAAAGAUUCCUCGAUGACUCAGUAAUUCGCGUGCUCGUCGACACGGCGUCGAUUAGCGACUAACCGAGAUGAUUGAGUGAACUCUCUCUCUCUCUCUCUCUCUCUUUCUUCUCCGUCUACAUCGUGGUUGGAGCUUUGAGCCAGAGAGCGACGUGAAAUCGCCACCGACACGUUAAUUAAUCGAGGAGCCGCUGAGCGUCGGUCGUUGAUCAACGUUAAUCGUGUGAUUAGUCGAGCCUUUCUUUAUUUGUAUAUCGGGAAUUGAUACCGGUAUAAUUUCAGAAUUCAUUCUUGGACACGCCGGAGGACGAUGACCUUUGUACUCGCAAGUGGAUAAAACGCGACGUUUGGCGAAAGCUUCCUUUCCUGCAGCAUCGAGGAAAAUUCAACUCACCGACAAUGAUAUCGGAGAAACGUAAGAUUCUUCUAUAAUCGAUGUUCAAAGAGAAGGAUCUGUCAGAGCCACAAAGUAUCAUCCGGGAACGCUCGAGAUUUUUUAUAACCACGUUUCGGCUCCGACUGGCCGCACUUUUUCACAUUUCUACUUUAUACCGGCCUCAAUCUCUGACCCGUACCGUAGCUCCCGCUGAGACACGGAAAAAGGAAAGAAAAAGGACAGAAAAAAAAGAAACGUAUUAACCAAUGCGAAUUAACCGGAAUAAAUUAAUCGUGAAACACAACUGCCUGCCGGGUAUGCUAUUAAACACAGGUAUGCAAGACGGACGAUGCAUUUGGUGUCCGAUUACGCCGGUCGCCCACGGUCGCAGAUAACGCAGACGAUCGUCGAAAGACGCGGCGAAAGAAGCACCGUUCCAAUUUCGACGGAAACGCACGCGGUUAUUAGCGUGGCGCGCGCGAUGACCUCGUUGCAAAACACGACUUUGACGUACAUGUAGUCGUGAUACGCGUGUAACACGCUUCCGUCACGACGAUGACGACGAACCCGCGUGGACACACUACUGCAACGGAAAGCAAAGACAACGACUGUCCUGUCCCGGUUUCGUCAUCGGUAAGGCGAUACAGAGGACUGUCGUGACCGGGAACGAAAAAGAAAGACCGGCAUUGGUGAGAAAAAUUGCCUCUAAUGCCUCGUAGGCUACUUCUUCACCUCGUUCCAAUUCGAGUGAAAGUCCGAGGUCCAAGUUAGCCGUGGAAUUUGUUUGUUUGUAGUGAAAUUUCAUUUUAAUCGAUUUAUACCUGAGUCGAGAGAAAUUUUGGCUCUGCAUUGUAUGUUACAACGUAUCAUGUAUUAUAUGAGCGAUUACUCACCUACCGUUGAUUGAGGCUUCACCCUCAGAUAACAAGGUUCAUUGGGUCGGAUAUGACCCGUAAGAACAUUUUGUAUUUUCUUCAACUUACUUUUUCGACUAAGCACUUUUUGUUUUCACAGCAAGUUAGGAAAUUUUUGAAAAUAAAUAACAUACAUAAAAUAUAGUUUUACAAGAACGUGCGCGGAAAUAUUAAAACAUGACUCGGUUCUUCGUCGCUGAACUAGUGCACACUUUCGGAACUUAAGAAGACACAGAUAUAAAGCUGUGACUUCAUGUCAGGAAGAAAAAGAUAAAACUAGAUAAUGCAAGCAUAGUAGACCAGUGCAUUAUCUAUGCUAUACCACGCUCGUUCUUCCAAUCUUAUUAUACGAGGGUUAAAGAUUAAUGGGUGAAUGCAAAAUUUUUUCUAUUAUAAUUUGUUCGUUAUUAUAUUUUAUCGGAAUUAAACAUUUCAUCAGAAUUUGGAGAAUCAAAAGCUGCAUAAAUGAAGGACUUGUAAGGGAAAAUAUGGCAAAAAUAUGAUUGUGUGUUUCAACUCCGGUAUGACAUCGAGAUUUUUCUCCGUACAUGAAUCUAACAGACGUUAUUUAAUCCAUAAACAUGUCUCGGAAAAGAGCACAAAGGUCAUGUUGACGGCAUCACGAGUGCCGGGGUCAACUGUGUAUCUCAAAACAAGAAUUACAAAAGUGAGUACUUUGAUUGGGCAACUUUCACCGUGAUGAAAAUGCAAUAUAUCUUACGUGAAAUUGCACGACAGGCAAUUUCGUGUUAAAUAAUACCAAACAUGUCAUAGGGAUAUUAUAUUUUCAUUCUAGGUAUAACCAAUCGUGCUUACCUAUUCACACGAGACGAAAAUACGAGAGAUGAGAAAAAUCGGCGAAAUUAUACAAUCGACCCCUCGACCUCGCGUCGAAAUAACGUAGGAAAUUUCCUUAAAUCUCUCGCGCAUUCUAUUCUCUCGUGUCACUUGUCAAAUAUAAAAUUACAAUAGAAUAUAAUUAGAACAUAUUAAUUUUCCUCGAGCAUCUAUUUAAAAGCGAAACCUUGAGAAGGAAGACGUAAGAGAAAGCCGAUAGUGUCAGCGGCUCGUUAGCUUCGCUAGAAUUAAAGUUUCAAGAUUAAAGCAAAACGAUUUCCGAUUCGGAGUUUCUGGACUCACUCAGAAAACGAACGAGUUGUCAUGAACUGUCGAAAACCAACGUGACGUCUCUCGUUCAUCUGUCGACCGUGGCUUACAAUAUUAAUCAUCAUUAUCCUCACUAGCGCGAUACUCGCGCAAAAUGUAUAGAUUUGUACUUGUUUGUUUAUUUAUUGUUAGGUAGAGUGAUCGCGCGAUGGCAAAGUCGCGGCGUUCCGCGCGGCCAAGCAGAAGCCGAUUCUUAGAAUCGAAAUCCUGCGACUGUUUAAUCUCUAGUUUUUUGUUAGUGACGUAAGGAUGACUAAAAUAUUAUUUUGUUGAUAUAUACAUAUUAUAUAAUGAUUACUAUUGACUAUGGACUACGAGUAAUCUGUAAAUAUACGAGACCACUGCAGAGUCGUGUCUCUCCUGUAAUUUA